AUGGAGGAAAUCUCCAUGGCCGACCGUACAGGGUCAGCAGAAGUCAAGCCAAAGGCCAGUCCAGAUGCGACGACGUCUGUCGCUCAAGUCGACCAUCUGCUCAAUGCUCAAGCUCAAUCAACGGCAUCCGUCAUGUCAAAUGCUGGCGGAAGCAAGCCUGCGACAGCCGAGGAGCUCCUAGAUGAGGUCAAGCCGACCAAUGGGGAUGUCAGCAUGAGCGCGAGCUCGCCUGAUGCUCCUCCUCGCUCAGAGCCCCAGUCUGGGGACGGAGCAGAGGGAGCGCUCGACGAUGAAGGCCCAGAGCAGGGUGGAGAGGAUGAAGAUGAAGACGAGGAGGAGGAGGAGGAAGAAGAGGAGGAAAGCGAGGCGGAGGACAGCGAGGAUGAGAUGGAUGAGGAGGAGGAGUCCAGCAGGCCAAGCAAGAAGAGAAAGCACAAACACAGCAGACGCAAGCCCAAGAGAGGCGUCAACCGCUUCGUCGAUAUCGAAGCCGACGUUGACGAUGACGACGAGGAUGACGACGAAGAGGAUGAAGCGGGUGUGACCGAAUUUGUAGAGCCCGGCGCGGACGAACGCGACUACACAGAUGACAAAGCCCACCGCAGGCUUGAUCGCAGGCGCAGAAUCGAUGAUGAAGCGACAGCCCAAGAGGUUGCCCGUGCUAUCGAAGAGCGCGACCGAGAAGCUCGUCGUGCCCAGCGCAUCGCUCGGGAGAGCAACUUCAUGCCUCGCAACACCCUCAUGGCAGAUGUCAGCAGUACCAACGUCUGGGCAGUUCGUUGCAAGCCCGGACGGGAAUCGAUGCUCAUCCUUUCGAUACUUCGAAAAGCGAUCGCCACGCCAGACUCGCUCGUCCAGAGUGCCUUUCAGCGAGAGUCAGUCAAAGGCUACAUCUACAUCGAAGCUCCCAGCGAAGGCGACGCGCGAGAGUCUGUACGAGGCCUUAUCGGCGCAUACCCCAACAACACGCCUGCCAAUACCGCUCAGCGUCGUGCUGCUGUCCGCAACAUCUUUCUCAUCGAUCACGAAGACAGGCAAGCUCUACUGACCAUGCGAAAAGUCGAAGAGCCGGUUCAGGUGGGUGCAUGGGUGCGGCUCGUCAAAGGCAAAUAUGCAGGAGAUCUCGCCCUCGUCGCCAACAUGGUCGAGAACACGGAAAACGUCGUACUUCAGAUCGUGCCUCGUAUCGACCUGAACCCUCCAACGGUAGAGUAUGUCGUCGGCCCUGACGGCAAAAAGCGCAAGAAGCCUGUCAUGGCCGUGUCUGCGUCCACUCGCCCGUCGCAGGCCCUCUUCAACGUUGACGCAGUCAAGACGGCAUACGGCAAGAAAGCAGUCACUCGAGAUGGAGGUAUCUACUACUUCCAGAAUGACGAAUACAGCGGCGGCCUGCUCUACAAAGAGUUUAGGCAGUCUGCCAUCCAGACGAAAGACGUCAACCCACAGCUUUCAGAGAUUACCAUGCUGACCCCCAAAGACGGCGACAAGAAGAGGCGCGCGCAAGCAGCCAAUGGCAAUGAUGCCGAAGAGGAUGAAGAAGAAGAGGAAGAAGAAGAAGAAGAAGAAGAAGAAGAAGAAGAAGAAGAAGACGAUGUCAGCGAAGAAGACAGGGAACGCAAGCGCGAAGAGAGAGAGGCCAGACGGAAAGCACAGCAAGAGAAAGCCGCCGCAGCCCCUGCAACCGACGUUGACCUUCAGGUACUUGCACAAGCUUACAAGCGCGGGUCAGAAUCUGGCUACACCAUCGGCGAUACUGUGGAGGCAUGGCGAGGUGCUCUUCGUGGCGCGCAAGGCGUCAUCACCGCGCUUAGCGGGCUCGAAGCUCAAAUCGCUUUCAAUACCGAAGCAGGUGCGACUUCAGCCACGCUGUCGAUAGACGACCUGCGCAAGCGCUUCCGCGUCGGCGAUCAUGUCAAAGUCCUGCGAGGCGUCUCUGUUGAUGAGACUGGCCUCAUCAUCAGUAUCGACAAGGAUCUCGUCACGCUCAUGAGCGAUCUCUCACUGCAAGAAUUGAUUGUCUUCUCAAAGGACAUCAAAGAAGCUGCAGAAGUCGGGACGACCGUCAAUGAGGUCGGAGAGUACAAAUUGCAUGAUCUCGUUCAGCUUGACGAACAUACGACUGGCGUCAUCUACCAGGUCGAGCCUCACUCAUUCCAGAUCUUGGAUCAAGCCGGCAAUUCACGUCGAAAGACCAGUCGCGAGAUUGCUACUGUCCGCGACGGUCGGAUGUUUAUCGCAACCGAUGCCGACGGUCGUCAGCUGCAGAGAGGUCAGCUUGUAAAAGUCGGCAGAAACAGCAUAGAUGGUCAGAGCAAGCAAGGGACCCUGCUGCAUGUCUAUCGAUCUAUCUACGCAUUUAUAUAUAAUCGUGAGAUCAGCACGACAGGCGGCGUCUUUGUGGCCAAUGCGAAUACGCUCGUCCCAGUUGCGCCUGUUGCAACGAAACUCGACGUCUCGAGGAUGAAUCCCCAGAUGCUCAACGCUUUACCAAAAGAGUCUUCCGUCGUGCGAGGUGGUCGCGAACCUGCUCGCUUCAAGCGUGUCGUCAUUCGCAGCGGCCCAGACAAAGGUCUCGAGGGCAUGAUCAAGAACAUCAAUGGCGAUAUGUGCCAAGUCGAACUAUCUUCGCGAACCAAGCUGGCUUCAAUUGCAAAAGAAAAGCUCAGCAUUAUUGUCAGAGAUCAAACGGACCUGAUGUCGAAGCGGAUCACCAAGCCAUUACUAGAAUGGGAGGUCGAGCAGCUACAGCGUGGUGGAUCUAAUUUCUCGAGAGAUACUGCCUCCAUGCCAAGCACAAAUUACGCGACUCAGACCAACGGCGGCCGAACAGGCGGCUAUGGUCGCAGUGCCGCGACGCCGGGCGGCCAAUUCGGUGGCCAGACUAUGGGACAAACGCCAGGCUUAAGUCGAUCAGCCGCUACGCCAGGUGGUAUGUUUGGCAGUACCAGUCAGACGCCAUUCGGAGGUGGCAAAACGCCAGGUGCUGCAUCGCUCUGGAACCCGUCGUCGAAGACACCUUUCGGAGGAGGCAAAACACCGCUCAUCAGCAAUGCGACCGGGCGAACGCCCGGUGCAUCGUUUGCACAGACACCUGCUUUCGGCGGUAUGACACCGGGCGGGGCUAUGACGGGCAGGACCGAUGCGUACGAAGCGCCUUCGCCAGCGUUCAAGAAUACGCCUGCACCCACAAGCCCUGCGUAUUCUGGCGUGCCUCCUUAUGAUGCGCCGACACCAGCGGCGAGCUACGGACAAGCGCCUCCGUCCAGCUACACCGCGCCGUCUCCAGCGGCGGCGCCUACUCCGGCUGCAUCAGGCUACAUGAAUCCGGCUCGCGCUGCCAUGCUUGCUCAGUCUUCUGCCGCGUCAGCGCCUUCGCCAGCCGCUCCUCCUGGGCGCCAAAGAGCAGCCGCAGCAGACUUUUACGACGAGCCAGAGCAACACGUCGCGAAGCAAAUCACAGCAGCCAACACUGCCCCGUUGGCUUACUCUCGUUGGGGCGCGCAAGCCAGCGCGCCUUCGCCAUACACUGCUCCUACGCCCGCUGCACAACGACAUGCCUACGAUACGCCUUACAACGCUCCCACGCCGGGCAAUGCGCUUCGGGGCUACGAGGCGCCUUCGCCCAAUGUGUACAGGCACACGGAUGGCUCGACUGGCUACUACGCAGCCGACACACCCGCGCAUCAUAGCGGCUAUGGUUCGAGGCAGCAGCCCGCUGCACCGCGAUCUGCCUUACCGUCAGACUGGGCAGAGACGGGCCUGGAGGUCGUGCUCAUGCCUGGCAGCGGGAUUUACAGAGGAGCUUAUGACCGUCAGUACGGCGUCGUCUCCGGUAUCGCGUCGCUACAAGGCCAGCAGGUCUGCGAAGUCACGUUCCCCGAUGGCAAUCGGGUGCCAGACAUCCCCUCUAGACAACUUCAACCUGUGCUGCCGCGGAAAGGUGACCGUGUCAUCGUCAUUGGGGGCAACGACAGACAUUCGCGAGGAUCGGUCUCGACCGACCUGGACGCGGGCGCGUUCAUGAUGAUCUUUGACGUAUCUCAAGCUCAGACGGUGAUCAAUGCCGAGCUCGUCUGUAAGCUACGUUGA